GCGACUCUCUCUCUCUCUCUCUGUUGUUGAGGGUGGGUUUCGUUGUUGUCUGUGAUUCAAACCCAAAGUGAAGAAAGUGGGAUUCGAAGGAACAGCUUCAGUGCGUCCAAGAAAUCACUGCUACAUCCCCCCACAACCCACUGUUCAAAUAAAUGCCAUAAAAGAAGAAGAAGAAGAAGAUAAACAAUGUCGACGUAUACGGGAUUUGGGUUGGGUUCAGGACCCACCAAACCUUCCGACCCCACCGUUUUCUCUUUCGGCCUCAACAACCCUUCUUCUCUCCCAAACCCACCUACUCCUCCGCCACCUCCCAGACCCAGGGAAGUUUUAGCUACCAGCACUUUAGAUAGCCAUGCCAGUCUAUCAGUCAAUCAUGCAAACUUUUCGGCCCAUCAACUCCAGUCCUCAGUCUCUCCAUAUAUUGUUUCUCAGAAUUCUCAGCAUAGUUUUGCAAAAGAUCUUGACAGUCAAGGCUCAAAGAGAACUAGGUCCCCUCCAUCAUCUGCCGACAGACAGGAGAAUUUUAAUGUUGCUCAUAAAGACUUUAGAAGGCCUUCUAUAUCUCCUCCUAGACUGGGAGUUACAUCAAAUGUUAUGAGGACUGGACCUCUUUCUCAAUUUCACCAAUUGCCAUCUAGUGUUUCUGAAGCCACUCUAAGCAGGCCCAUCAGCUCCACUGCUCCUAAAAGAACAAGGUCGCCUCCUCCGUUAUUUUCAGCCAAUGAAAUCCUUGAAGGAAACUCUAUUUCUUCGGAAGACAACUCUGAACGCGAAAUGUUAGCCAAGGCAAAGCGUUUAGCUCGCUUCAAGGUAGAACUAAGCAAAUCUGAACAAAAUAAUGCUGAUGUUGCAGACCAAAAGGCUUCUGCAAAUAGACAUGAACAGUCUGUGUUGGAGCAGAAAUAUGUGGGGGGGCAUUUAAUGGAUACAGCUGGAAACUUUACCAGUGGCCAUGCUGUUUCUGAUAAGGAAGGCUUGGAAGGAUCCAAUGUAAUUAUUGGUUUAUGCCCAGAUAUGUGUCCUGAGUCAGAAAGGGGAGAGCGUGAAAGGAAAGGGGAUCUUGAUCAAUAUGAACGCUUGGAUGGGGACAGAAAUGUAACCAGCAGACUUCUUGCAGUCAAGAAGUAUACUAGGACAGCAGAGAGGGAAUCCAGCUUGAUCCGGCCUAUGCCCAUCCUGCAGAAGACAAUAGAUUAUCUGCUCAGUUUGCUAGAUCAGCCUUAUGAUGAGAGGUUUCUUGGUGUAUACAACUUCUCUUGGGACAGGAUGAGAGCAAUUCGCAUGGACCUGAGAAUGCAGCACAUUUUCAAUCAAGGGGCUAUUACUAUGCUGGAACAGAUGAUAAAACUACACAUCAUUGCAAUGCAUGAAUUAUGUGAAAACACUAAAGGAGAGGGAUUUUCGGAGGGCUUUGAUGCUCACCUCAAUAUUGAACAGAUGAACAAAACUUCAGUUGAAUUGUUCCAGAUGUAUGAUGAUCACAGAAAGAAAGGAAUGAAUGUUCACACGGAAAAAGAGUUUCGAGGCUAUUAUGCUCUUCUUAAAUUGGAUAAGCACCCUGGUUAUAGAGUUGAACCUGCAGAGCUCUCCCUUGAUCUUGCUAAGAUGACUCCAGAGAUACGGCAGACUCCAGAAGUUCUAUUUGCCCGAAAUGUAGCAAGAGCUUGCAGAACAGGUAAUUUUAUUGCCUUCUUUCGGCUUGCAAGAAAAGCAACAUAUCUUCAAGCAUGUCUAAUGCAUGCUCACUUUGCAAAGUUACGUACCCAGGCACUUGCUUCUCUACAUUCUGCUCUACAGAAUAACCAAGGUCUCCCUGUUACUCAUGUUGCUAACUGGCUUGCUAUGGAGGAUGAGGAUGUAGAAGACUUCUUGGAGUAUCAUGGUUUCUUGCUAAAAGUAUUUGAAGAACAAUACAUGGUAAAAGAAGGCCCAUUUCUCAAUGUUGAUAUUGACUAUCCCACAAAGUGUUCCAAACUUGUGCUCCAGAAAAGGUCUGAAAGGAUAAUUGACGAUGUUUCACCCUCAAUUCAAGCCAAAUCACUACCUGUUGAGACUAUGAAAGAGAUUCAGAUGAGGAAGUCAUACAAACAUGAAACACAAAUAGUGUCAGCUGUUGAAAAUGGUAGUUCUGUCAAGAAUCUUGAUGAGGAAAUUCCAGACUCUGAAGCUAUUUUCUCCCCAGAGGAUAGUAAAUCGGGAAAGACAUUUAAGGAAAUGCAUGAUGGUGUUCAAGACAGUGGAAAAGAUCAUGAUAUGUCUAGUACUCUUCCAUCGCCAUUGAGCUUCCCCUUUCCUAAUAUUAUACCUGAACCACAACUUACUAGAAUUAACAUUUUGAAGAGUAUCGAUUCUGAUUUGAUUGUCAGAGGCUCUCCAAGGAGAAACUUCCACUCUAAUGUGGAUGGAAGGCCAUUGGAGAUUGUAUCAAAAACAGAUCCACCAGAAAGUUCAUUAGCUAAUAGUUUUUCUGAGCCAUCUUUUGUGGCCCAGGGUGUAUCCAAGGAUGAGUCUCUGGUUCAAGAACAUGAAGAUGAAAUCGAUGGAGUUAAAGAAAAUUGUCAAGAUGAAGAAAUUGCUGAGGCCAAACUGAAGUUGUUCUUAAGGUUAUGGAGGAGGCGAGUGUCAAAAUUAAGGAUGUUACGGGAAGAGAGGCAAUUAGCAUCAAAUGCUGCACUAGACUCGUUGACAUUGGGGCCCCCAAUUCGACAUUAUAUAGAUCAACCUAGCAACUUGGACAAGCUUGACAUUGAUAUAGCUAUGAGGAAGAGAUAUGAAAAACAGGAAAAAUCAUGGGCAAGACUUAAUGUUUCCGAUAUAGUUGCCGGUACAUUAGGCCGACGAAAUCCAGAUGCUAAAUGCUUGUGCUGGAAAAUAAUUUUAUGUUCUCAGAUGAACAGUGGACAUGAAAUGGGAGCAGCAGGCUUGUGGUUGACCUCAAAGUUGAUGCCUUCUAGCGAUGAUGAUGAUGAUGUGGUUAUUUCACCUCCUGGCUUGGUAAUAUGGAGGAAAUGGAUUUCUAGUCAAUCGGACAUUUAUCCUACCUGCUGCCUGUCUGUAGUUAGGGAUACAGCAUUUGGUAGUCUAGAUGAGGCUGUAUCCGGGGCAAGUGCAGUUUUGUUUCUUGUGUCUGAGAGCAUUUCAUGGAAACUUCAGAGAGUUCAUCUUCAUAAUCUUCUGAUGUCAAUUCCCUCUGGGGCUUGCUUGCCUCUUCUGAUCUUAUGUGGCUCAUGUGACAACGGUUUCUCUUCUGUUAUAAUUAAUGAGCUGGGCCUUCAAGACAUUGACAAAUUUCGGGUUAGUAGCUUUCUGGUUGUUUUUCUUGGUGAAAACCAGCAGAUGGAACACUUGGGUGGGUUUUUCAGUGAUACACGAUUAAGAGAGGGGCUGCAAUGGUUGGCAGGUGAAUCACCCUUGCAACCCAACCUUCACUGUGUGAAAAUACGAGAACUUGUUCACACACAUCUAAAUUCCUUCUCAGGAGUGCAUGACAUCAUCAGAAACUCCAAUUUGGGUCCUAAUGACUGUAUCUCAUUGUUCAAUGAAGCCUUAGAUUGCUCAGCGCAGGAAAUUAUUGCUGCUGCCAAUUCAAAUCCUGUUGGUUGGCCAUGUCCAGAGAUUGGUUUACUUGACAAGUCUUGUGAUGAAGAUAUAGUAGUAGAAAGGUUCUUGCCAACUUUGGGAUGGAGCUCAAAUGUGAAAACUGAACCAAUUAUUUGUGCUUUGCAAAACUGUAAGCUCCCUACUUUUCCCUAUGAUUUAUCAUGGUUGGCCAGAGGUUCUGAAGUUGGACAUGAGAUUGAGAACCAGAAGAUACAGCUUGAAAAUUGCUUGAUCCAGUACAUGACUCAUACUAGUAAGAUAAUGGGAGUUUCAUUGGCAACAAAAGAGGCAUGUGUCACAGUGCAAACCUGUGCUAGACUUGAGCUUUGUGGCUCAAGCUAUCGUGUAGUUCCACAUUGGGGCAUGAUCUUUCGUCGAAUUUUCAACUGGCGAUUAAUGAGUUUAUCUAGUAAAGAAAUCUCCAUGGCUUACAUCUCAGAAUGUCAUCAUGUUUCUCUUCCUAAUAUGGACUUGGAUGCAUGUUUAUCUUCAUCUUAUUAUCCCAACUCAUCUUUAGAUGAAUUAAUCAGUGUUAGCUGCAACUCUCCUCUUCCUGAUAAUGGUCAAUCAAGGCCUGAAGCACUUCAACGUCUUCCACAGAGGGAUUCAAAUGAUGUAUUUCAUGAGAAUGUUAACCUGAAGGAUGCUGAAAGCAAUCUUCGACUUGAUAAAUAUCCUAGCAUAAAUACAACAUUCUCACAUGCUUUAAACAAUGCUAAUAGUGGAGCAUUAAUGAAUGGGAAACCAACCAAAGAAGCUGACAAGUUAAGCAAUCUGUUGGAGCAAUGUAACCUGCUGCAGAAUGACAUAGAUAAGAAGCUGUCUAUAUACUUCUAAUGUGAACACCACUUUUCUAUGUUGUAUUUUUGUAUGUAUAUGUUAAUUUAUAGGGAAUUGUACGAUAAGUGAAUUAUAACAAGUGUUUUUGUUGUUAUUUCGUUUCCCCUUGUCUCUGGGCUCACAAAUAUUG